UCGGGAUCGUCACGCACAAUGUACUUCUGCAUUCAAUUCUGACCAACGCUCAAUUUACACACAAUUAUUGGAAAUCUUGAGCUCUCCGGAAACCGAAUUCGACUAUGAAUCCGAUCUCGGAACCUAUCACCGGAGAGAUAAGCGGCGCGGAGGAGUCUUCCGCCGAUGAAAGAGAAACAAUUUCAGCUGGCGAUGGUGAUAGUAAUGAUGCUUCUACAUCCGAUGAGCGAGAGAGGAAGUUCAUGGAGAACCCUCCCUCUGAUGAUGUUUGCCCCAUUUGCUUCGGCAAUUUCGUUGUACCCUGCCGCGCUCCUUGUGGUCACUGGUACUGCGGAAGUUGUAUUCUGCAGUACUGGAACUUUAGUGCUGCAUUGCAGCCAUGCAAGUGUCCUAUGUGCUCACAGCGCAUAACUAAGUUGAUACCUGAAGCAUCAUUGUAUCAAAGACGUCAAUCAGAAAUAAGUAAAGUCUUACGGAGUGUCAGUGACUAUAACCGCUUGUUUAUGGGAGGAAUUUCUGGAUUUGUGCUGAAAUUUCUUGCUAUUCCAUUGUAUAUAAAGAGAACGUUCCGAGAAAUGCUGAAUCCUGACAGACCUGGUAUUUAUCUCCAUGAAAUGCGGAUUAUUGCAAUGUUCCUUGGACUCAUCUACUCAUUCGCUCCCUUUGAUUUUCUGCGAAUAGGUCGUGGGAACAUAAUAGAUUUGUUUGAUUACUCUGCUUUUGCUCUCUCAUUCAUCUUGUAUCUGGUUGGUCUGUACCUCCGUUGGAAGCGCGAAAGGAACAUUAGAGGGUUGGUUGAAAUGCCGGAAGCGCAUGAUUGAGACUUGAGAAUCACUGUAAUGCCAACAUCUAGCCAUCUUUUCAACGUUUUGAGCUUGUAGAUAGAGCCGGAUGUCUUCACAACUUGGCAUGUAUGUUUGCGAUGUGGUCCAUGAUGUGCUCAUUGUCCCUGAGCUAUGGUUGCAUGUUUCGUGUAGUUGUACUGCUGUGUUUAUAUCACUUGUACAUAAAAUUAGAAAAUUAGGUCUCCGUUUAACUGCAAGUUGUCUAUGCGUUCGGAUCGCUAUGUAGAAAUUUGUGUAUGGGAUCUGCUUGUUGAAGUUGUAAGUUUUAGGUAGAGAAUAUAAAGAGACAACAUGGCUCUACUUGUAGUACUUGAGAAACUUUCAAAUGUUUGCUCACUUUCAAAGUGUAAUAAGAUUUGUAUUCAGGUUA